AUGGGUAUCAAAAUAGAUAUGUCAAAAGCCUUUGACAGAGUUGAUUGGACAUUUCUGAUGACCAUCAUGAAGAAGAUUGGUUUCAAUGACCAUUGGUGCAACAAAAUAUUUCAGUGCAUCUCCACUUCCACCUCUGUUGUUCUUAUCAAUAGAUCUCCAGAUAAAUUCUUCAAACCUUCCAGGGGUCUAAGGAAAGGUGACCCUCUCUCUCCCCAUCUUUUCCUUUUCUGCAUGGAAACCCUUUCUAGAACUCUCAUUCAUGCAGAAGAGUUAGGUCUCAUAACUGGGAUUAAAAUUUGCAAGUCUGCUCCUUCCAUCAGCCACCUUCUUUUUGUUGAUGACUGCAUGGUCUUUUGCAAAGCCAAUAUGACUGAAGCUCAGAACAUUAUGGAUAUUCUAAAGAUGUUUGGAGACAAUUCUGGUCAGCUCAUAAAUUUCAACAAGUCUGGAGUCUUCUUCAGCAAUAAUACUAAUCCAAGUCUUAUCCCCACCAUCAGCAACAUCAUGGGUGUUCAAGUCCUUCAGCUAGAUGAUAAAUACCUAGGUUCACCUCUCUUCACUCAAAGAAGAAAAAUUACCUCUUUCAAACCUGGAGUUGAUAAAUUGAAAACAAGACUAUCCAGCUGGAAAAAUGUACCUCUAAACCCUGUUGGGAGAGAAGUGCUCAUUAAAUCUGUCACUUCUUCUGCUUGUAUCUACCAAAUGAACCUGCAAAGACAUCAACAAACUCCAAAGGGACUUCUUCUAGGGAAAAAGCAUGGAAAACCCAACUUGUGA